AUGGCUUAUUCCAGCCCAGCACGAGACUUUGUUGCACUUUCAGAUCUGCACCCAAACCUUGCUCGUCCUAAUGUAAUCGGGGUGGUUAUUGGGAAAACAGAUGUCAGAAGCUUUCCAGACAGAAAAAAUAUUGGGGUGGACAGAUACACCUUCAGUUUCACUAUUCGUGAUUCACCUACUUACUUCAUAAAUGUCCAGUCUUGGGGCAGAGAGGAGUAUAUCAGAUCCCUCUCAGAAAGUUUCAGAGUUGGUGAAUGUGUUACAAUUGAAAAUCCUUUAGUUCAGUCAAAGGAAGCAGAAAGGGAAGAAAAAUUCAACCCGGUGACUCCUAGUUGCUACAAAUUAUUGCUCAGUGAAAAUCAUUCCGUGGUCAAAACAUCUUCAUGCUAUGAAACAGACACCAGACUCCUUUCUUUGCUGCAUCUGCCCGUCAAGGACCCUCAGGAUUACUAUUCCCUGGGUGACAUCGUUGCAAAUGGGCAAAGCCUCAAUGGGAGAGUUCUCAACGUGCUUGCAGCUGUCAUGUCAGUUGGGGAGCCAAAGUACUUCAUGACUUCAGACAAAAGAAAAGGCCAGAGGUGUGAAGUGAAGCUGUAUGAUGAAACAGAGAGGUCUUUCCCAAUUGUAUGUUGGGAUAAUGAGUCUAUCCAGCUGGCACAGAGUUGGAUCCCACAAGAAACAGUUAUAUUUGCAUCAGAUGUGAGAAUAAAUUUUGACAAAUUUAGGAACUGUAUGACUGCAACUGUGAUAUCUAAAACCAUCAUUACAACUAACCCAGAAACAGCAGAAGCAAAUGUUCUCUUCAGCUUCAUCAAAGAGAGUGCCCAGUCAGGAGCUCUGCAUGACACAGUGAAGGAGCAGGGAAAUGAUUCCAUCAACUUGGAGACUAUAGUUGAUGUUUAUACAGUGGAACAGCUAAAAGAAAAGGCUCUCCAGAGUGAUGGCAAACUUGACCCUAUCUAUGGCAUCGUUUAUGGCUACAUUUCCACCCUGGACAUUGAUGAUGACAAUGUAUCCAAAGUUAUACGCAACAGAUGCUCAAUGUGUCACUUUAUUGUGAAUGAACUGUCAAACACUUGCACUUUCUGCACUGAUGUCUCUCCAGAGGCAAAGACAACCUUUGCCAGCUUUGACAUCCUCGUGGAUCUGACAGAUCACACAGGCACUCUCCACUUCUGUUACCUCUCUGACUGUGUAGCUGAGGAAACAUUAGGCUGCACAGUCCAUGAAUUCCUCACUCUAGCAGAAGAGCAGAAGACAGCCCUGAAGUGGCAACUCCUUUUGGAACGAAGCAAAAUCUAUUUCAAGGUUACUUUGUCACCCAGCUGGAGAACUGGACUGAAAGUGAAUCUUCUCUCCUGCAAACUGGCAGAUCCUGUAGAGGCCAGUCAGAGCCUGUUGGGAAGAGACUGGAAAUAA